UCAUGGGGUCUGAAGUGUUUUCACCAGGACGACGCGCUGAGGCCAUUGCCAGGCAGAGCACUCCGAGGAAUCGCGUUGUGUUUUUUUCGGGGCCUACUUCCGUCAUUUUAUUAUUUUGCUGAACAAAUGCAGUGCAUGUUGUUGCCUGCCUGCCGUAGGUUGUAGCAGUACCACUUAAAAUUGCAUUCGGAUAUCUGAAUUUGUGCUUUGCAGGAGCUGGAAAACUUGUUUUUUUAAGCGAAGGCUGACUUGGAUCACACACUAAAAUAAGCACACGUCAGAGACCUCGCCUGCUCGCUGCUGUUAAAUUUUAUUGCAAUCUAAUCACUGCAUUGUUUGUAGGAUAUAGAGCCGCUGCAUUCACAAUGUAGCGAAGUAAACGGCAUGUGGGUGGUAGCUGUUAGACGUUUAUCGGCUUUUUAUUUUUAAACACCGUGCCUUGGCGGAAAGGAGAGGAUUUCGUUUUAUUUAAGGUUAAGUGACAAUGAAUGAGCAGGACAGCGGGGUGGUCUCCUUUGAUGAGUAUGUGCGACAGAAGGCCCGCACUGUGCCUCAGCACCGGAUGAAGGAGUUCCUGGAGUCGCUUGCCAAGGGCCCAGAGGUGCUCCAGGAGUUCAGCCAACAGGAAGGUGCAGCCACCACCACCACCAUGGUGUACCAGCAGGGUACCAAUUGCAUCUACACAGACAGCACAGAGGUGGCUGGGUCCCUCCUAGAGUUGGCUUGCCCGGUGACCUCAGCAGAGAUUUCGUCAUCUCAGCUGUCUUUGCAUCAAGGCUCUGAACAGCCGCUUCAAGUGCAGGUACAAAUCCAGGGACAGCAUGGCCACACGGUCGGCCAGGUGCUCCAGGUGGCCUCCCCCUCUCAGCAGGAUCUGCAGGCCAUCUCGGCAGGAGCACAGCUUGUCCAGCAGGCGGAGCUCACAGAGGAGCAGCAACAGCAGAUACAGGCGCAGUUGGUUGCAGCUGUGACUGGAGGACAACAAAUCCAGUUGUCAAGUGGCCAACAGAUACAGUUACAAGGAGCGCAGCAGAUUCAGCUGCAGGGUGGCCAACAUAUUCAACUUCAGGGUGGCCAACAGAUUCAGCUACAAGGUGGCCAACAGAUUCAGCUGGCAGGGGGCCAGCAGAUCCAGAUCCAGACCAUAGAGGCCAUGUCUCCCUCUCAGCAGCAGGGCUCUCCCAGGGAGGGGGAGAGGAGGUCAUAUACUGCCUCCACUGUUCUCCAACCUGCUAAGAAGCGCAAGGUGGAUGUCCCGCUCACAGUGUCCUAUGCUGUCCCUCAGGGCCAACAGCUGGCCACAGUCCUGGCCAUCCCUCAAGGGCAGCAGCAAAGCUACGUAUCCCUGCGGCCAGAUCUGCUCACCGUUGACAGCGCUCAAUUGUACAGCACUACAGGCACCAUCACAGGUCCCGCCGGUGAGACCUGGACCAUCCCUGUAUACUCCACUCCACAGCAGCAGGGUGUAGCUCACAUUGCCAUCCCUCAGGAGGCAUACAGUACAGUACAAGUCGCUUCCACCCAGAGUAAGGACAAAAUGCCCUCCAACUCAUCAGGUUCCUCAGACGUCCAGUCGGCAUCUGAGACACAGGAAGAAGUUGUGCAGACCCUGUUCCCAGCACAGUUCAUGAAUGGGAACAUUCACAUCCCUGUGGCAGUGCAGACUGUGGGUGGGGCAUAUAACACUACACAGUCAGUACAAAUUUGGGACCCAAAUAAUCAGUCCAGCCAAGGAGAAGAGGGACAAGAGCAGCACCUCCAUCUGCAGGGUCAAGUCGAAGGAGAGGCUCAUAAUGAGCCGCCUUCAGAGCUGCUGGUUCCUGUCUGUUUGAAGCCAGAGGAGGGCCUUGAAGUCUGGCGCCUUUGGGUCCUGCGAAAAAAUGCAGAGCUGGGCAAGCAGGAGCAACCAAAGCUUGCACCUAUUGGACGUCGUCAGCCUCUGCGUUUUCAAGAAGACUUGGUGUCCAGUGCAGUAGCAGAGCUAAACCUGGGUCUAUCCCUGAUGACACAGGAGGCUCGAGGAUCGGAAGAUGAACAGUUCACGCCUGAUGUCCUGUAUUAUGUGUUCUUAUGUAUGCAAAAGUAUCUCUCUGAAAAUGGACGUGUGGAUGAUAUUUUCUCUGACCCAUACUACAUGCGUUUCUCUGAGUGUCUACACAAAAUCUUGGAUGGUUGGAAACCCAGUGUCCAUCCUUUAGGUUACUUCAUUCCAAGUCACGUAACAGAAGAGAUGCUCUGGGAGUGUAAACAGCUUGGGGCACAUUCACCGGCCACAUUGCUUACAACCCUAAUGUUUUUCAACACUAAGUAUUUCCGUCUGACAACAGUAGAGCAGCAUAUGAAAGUAGCCUUCUCUAAGGUGUUAAGACACACCAAGAAGAACCCCUCCAACCCCAAGGACAAAACCACCAGUAUCCGGUUUCUUCGAGGACAUGGUCCGCACAACACCGGGCAAAAAGUUACCGACGACACCUACGAAGAGCAGACAGAGGAUCCUGAGAACCCACUUCGUUGUCCCAUUAAACUGUACGACUUCUAUCUCUUCAAAUGCCCUCAGAGCGCAAAGGGACGUAAUGAUGCCUAUUACCUGACUCCAGAACCCGUUGUGGCGCCUAACAGCCCGAUAUGGUACUCGACUCAGCCCAUCACAAGUCAGCAAUUGGCGCAGAUGCUCGCUCGCAUCAUCGUGGUUCGGGAGAUCCAGGAAAUCAUAGGCACUGGGCCGGAGAACAUGAACUGAGAGGUGAGGACGGACUGGGCUGAUGGGAACUGGUCCUCCAGCUCUUGACUGUUCACUAUGCAGUUUCCCCCCUCUCACUCUGUAAAACCUCAAUGGCCAUUUUCAAGCGAAUUCAAGUGGCCUCUUAAGCAUUCAUAACUUUCUUUAAGGGGAAUGUUUCCUGGAAGGAACCAGUCAUUUUCAAAGUACCGUUUCAAAGUUCAUUCUGUUCAUCUUCUGAAAUUUUGUGCCCCUCACCUGAUGGAGUGUGCUGUUGUUUCUGUUUUCAAGCAAGCAAGCGAGGCUUUGAUCCGACUGCUGUUAAGUCAUGAUUGACCUCUAAGGCCGAGGUGGCUAAUUGUUGUGUAAAAGUCAGUCUUAUAAUAUACAAGGAUAUUAAACCUUUUGCAUCUUGACCACACAUACCAUAUAACCUUGUCUUAAUUAUCUAAGGUUCCAAAAUGCAUUACACUUUCAUGGACAAUUACGGGACUUCUGCUCACAACUUUUUGUACAAUGCAUUUUUGAUCCUCUGUAUGUAUUCAUAUUAUAAUGAUGUUAGACGCUGAAAAACUUGUGCCUGUGUUCUCAAAAAUGAUAUUUCAUAAUUUAUGCUUGUGAAUCAUUGAGUGUGUGUGUGAAAUUACGCUGAACCACAAAUGUUCACAAGGUCAUGUGCUAUAGUUGUUCCGGAGAUAGGAAACAUUUUUCUCUCAGGUCAAAUCUAGUGACUCAAAAACCCAUAAAGGAUUUUUUGUAAACUGAUUGCUGUAUAUAUAGGUUUAAUAAACAGGAAAUACAAACAUUUUAAA